AUGGCCGACGCGAGCCAGCAACGAACAGUCACCGCGGCCUUUGCGCCUCCGCCGCCCUUGUGGAAGCAGUUCACGCGCGACAACCUCGACAAGCUGGAGCAGAUCAAAAAGGAAGCGUCAACAGGAUUUGAUGAGGAAUCUGCCAGCGACAAGAAGUGGUCUCCCUCUGAAUUGCGCGCUCUGGAGGUUCCCCCGGAACUGCGAUUCUUGGUUCCCCCGGAGGUCCCAACGGGGGAUUACUCGGUCUUUGGUGAAUUGCAGUCCAUGUCGACGGCACUACCUUCGCUGAAAGAUCAAGGAAUCGAUCAGCUCUAUCCCGAACCUGCCACCGAGACCGACCAGAGCAAAGACGCUUCACAGCCGUCCCAACCCCUCAACCACGCCUAUUACUUGCUCAAGAUCAGCAAAUCGCUCCUCCUGAACUUCCUUGAGUUUGUCGGAGCUCUUGCGGUCUCACCCGAACAAUUCGAAUCGAAGGUGAACGACCUGCGCAACCUGUUUAUCAACGCUCACCAUCUUCUCAAUCUCUACCGCCCACACCAAGCCCGGGAAUCACUGGUCAUGAUGAUGGAAGAGCAGCUGCAACGAAGCAAGGAUGAAAUCGAGCAGAUGGACAAAGUCAAGGCGGAGAUCGAGAGUGCGUUGGAGCAAUUGGAGACGCAGGGCAAAGAGAUCGGCUCGGCGGAACAAUCUACAAAGGAUGUUGAAACAGCAGAGAAAAAUUCCCAGCAAUCUGGCGAGGGUUCUCACCAGAUGUGGGAUGUUCUCGGUGGGGAGAUUUGA